AUGUCCGAGGCGGACGUGCAAGCUAGCGCCGCGACCAUCGAGUCGCCCACCAUCAACGGAGGAGGGGAGAAUGGGUUGUCGAAGAAGCCCUUGGAAGAGGCGGACACGUCGGAUGUUCCCAUCGCGUCGGGAGGAACGGAGGGAAAGGGAGCAAACGGGAUACUCGAAGCUGCUCUCACUGAAGGCAAAGAGGCCUUAUCGGAAGUCGUGAGUGCUGCUACGAAGGUGGCGAACGGGGUGAACGGAGACCUUGGGAACGUUGCUGUGAAUGGACUGCUUGUCGACGCGAAGGACGUCGAAGUCAAGGUCGAAGAAGCUGAAGACGUCUCCCUAAGCAAGAAUGAGGAACCCGUAAGUGUUCCCGAGCCCAAUGGUACUGAGGCCGACAGUGGCAAGGACGCUGCUGCUGACGUUGUCAAGCCUGAGGAGAACUCUGAGGUAGUACCAGUUGCGGACGCGACUGAGACAGUCCUCUCCAAGGCAGGCGAACCUGUCACUGAAGCGGUCCCCGAGGUCGAACAAACGGUCGUUGCAACGUCGAGCCCCACAGAGGAGCCUACUCAGGCCAUCAAGGUCGAGGACAUUGACGAAGCCACUCAGGUACCGACUGUCGAGGCAAGCGAGCCAGUAACAGUCGUAGAUGUACCAGAAGAGAAGACCAUCACACCAACUGUAGAAGAGACCGCACCGGUUGUCGAAGAAACUACACCAAGCGUCGUGGUCGAUGCAACUGAAGCCGUGCCCUUAGCGCAGACACCUGCUCCCAACGAGGUCGUGGAGGCCCCCAUCACAGUCGAGGAGCCUGUGGCAAAUAUCCCAACUCCUCAGGUCAUCGCCGAAGACAUCCCUGCCGAAGACACAAAGCCUGCGGAGGAAUCCCAGCCCGCUCUAUCUACUCCAGCAGAGCCAGAGGCCCAAGUAGUGCCCGAGGCCGUAACUGCACCUAUCGAAGCCGUGUCUAUCACUAUCACUGAUGCCGAGGCUGCACCAGAAGCCCCAAUCCCCGAAGCCAAAGAAGUCCCACCCAUCCCCGAUUCCGCGCUAGAAGCUGUUACCGUGGCUGCGGUGAAGCCUGUUGAAAUUGAGGCACCGGUCGAGCAGGAGCCGAAUGAGGAAGUAGCUCCCCCUAUUGUGGACGAACCCGCCCCAGAAUCGGCAGAAGAGGCAUCGACCAAGCCUGAUGUGGUCGAGGUUAUCCAGGAGGCAGAAUCUGUCCAUGUCGCGACACCUAAGGCUGCCCCUGUCGAAACGGUUGCUGAGGAAGUCGGGCUGGUUGUUGAAGAACCAAAGAUAGUCGCCGAAGCCCCGCUUGUGGUUGAGGCUACCCCUGCCGAAGAGCCUUCGACCGUAGUUGCCGCUGAGGAACCCGUGGAGCCCACUAAGGAGCACGUCGAAAAGGUCGACAUGGCUGAAGAAGUACCCGCCGUCGAGGAGUUGAAGCCUGCCGAUGUGUUUGAGCCAAUCGCUCCAGUCGUUGCAGAAGUCGUCCAGGCCACACCAGACCUGGUUGAAGAAGAGGUCAAGCCAGCGGUUGAGGAGACAGAGCCUGUUGAAGACGCCAAGCCAGUUGUAGAGGAGAAAGCCGUAGUCGAGGAAGACGCCCCAGUCGUUUCGGACGAGGUGAAGGCUGAAGAGGCGACACCGGUUUCGGAAGAGAAGCUUGUCGAGGAACCUGUGGAGGCGACACCCAUUGUUGAAGAUGAAACCCCCGUUGUCCAAGACGUGAUCCCUGAGGUCGUCAAGGAGGCCCCAGUUGUCGAGGAGAUACCAGUUGUCGAGGAGAUACCAGUUGUCGAGGAAAAGGAACCAGUCGUUGUGGACGAAGAACCGAUUGUCAAGGAGGAACCGUCCGUACCGGAAGCUGAGGUUAUUGAGGAGGCGAAGCCACUUGUGCAAGAUGAGACGACAGUUAUUGAGGAGAAGCUAGCUGUGGAGGAGGCGAAACCACCUAUUCAGGAGGAAGUUGAAGCCGUCGAGGAACCGGCUGUCCAGGAGGAACCUCCCGUCCAAGUAGCGACGGCCGCCGAGGAAGAGACGCCACUUGCCCAAUCGAUUGUCGUACCAGAGCCAGAUCCAGUCGUUGAAAACCUGGAGCCCGCUCAGGAGGAACCGAAAGCGGUCGACGACGUGACGCCAGUGGAGGAAGCCGAACCAGCCAAACCAACCGAAGAUCUCAAGGUCGAAGAGGCAACCGAAGAUGUGAGGCCUUUGGAUGCGGUGGUAUCUGACAACGAUGCCUCAGGACCCGUGCUCAACGUCGAGGAAGAGCCCAAGCCGACCCCAGAGGAGAACGCACUGUCGAGGCAGCAAACGUGGAGGACACGAACAAAGGCCACUCCUCUUGUCGAGAGCCCACCAGUUGCAGAAGCACCGGUCGCUCCAAAGACCGUCGAGGAAGAGCCUGAACCUGUGAAGGUGGAUGUCACGCCUGUCGUUGUUGAAUCUGUUCCAGAGGCCGACGCAAUCCUUUCACCGCCAACGGAAACAACGGCGGAGGAUGUUGAGCCUGCGGUUCAUAUAGCCGAAUCCCUACCCGUGCCGGAACCAGAGCCCACUGAGUUGGCUCCCUCUGUAAAUUCGGUCGAGACCGAAGACUUGGUUGCGGUAGUUGCCGCAGACGAAGAUAUCAAGCCCAUAAACGAAGAGUCGGCUGUGGUGACGGAGGUCGAGGACGUACCAACUUCAGAAGAAGCUGAGCCAAUCCAGAAGGAAGUUGAAGUUGUCGAGGAGGACGUGAAGGCUCCUGAGCCGGAGGUUUUGCUUGCCACGCCCGCUACCAUCGCCGUAGAGGAAACUGCGCAAGACACUCCUGAGGAACAAGCACCCCUUGUGGAAGAGAUCAAGUUGGAGGCAAGUGCCGAAGAGAAGGCAUUGGCCGAGGUCGACGUUCCAACUGAAGCAGACGUUGAAGUUGCCGCUGCUAACGAGACGAAGCCUGAAAUCAUCGCAGAACAGGUUGCCCUAUCUGAGCCUGCUCUAGCCUCUGAAGAAUCAACGGAUUCAUCUAGCCUCAUUCCCAAUGUUGACUCUGCCGCAAGUGACCCCGAGGUUGAAGAGUCCGUCGUAGUCCCCAUCGAAGAAGAAAUGGUAUUUGCUCCUCGGGAAGAAGAGGUCAAAUCUCCUAAGGAAAAGCGUAGCUCCAGUAUUGACGUGGUACGCGAAGCAUCUCUCGAGGAGACGACCGUGGACGCCGUUUCCCCUCCUACUGAUUCGUCGGACGCUGACACUUCUGCGCCGUCGGAGCCUCCCAUUGUUAUCGUCGACGAGCCGGCAGUCUCUGUGGAAGAAGUUCCCAGCACAUCAGAAGUCGCCAGCGACCCAAUCGAGCGCCCGAAAUCACCUUGGACUCCUUCGUACAGUGUGAUGCAAGUUGGCUCUGGUGUGGAAGUUGUUGACCAAGUCAGUGAGGAAGACCCUCCUGCGGGCGACCUCACAAGCACUGUGGCACCUAAAGCAGAAGUAUCAGAGCCGGAACGACCAAGUUCAACGUGGACGCCAUCGUAUUCUACCACCAGCCAAGGAAGUCGCUCCCCAUCUCCGCUACCCGAUGUUGAGCAGCCAGCAACGGAACCAUUGUCGGAAGUCACUGCCGUGGAGGAUAUUCCGACCGUUGUAGAAACGAAGAGCCAACUUUUAGCAGAUGUGGCUGAGCCGCCGUCUAUCUUGAUUACUUCCCAACCUCAGUCCGACGAAGCUGAAGCACCUCCUGCCUUGGAAGUUGAGACAAAGGUCGAGCAAGAUAUUCCGGAACGCCCUAAGUCACCCUGGACGCCCUCCUACUCUGUCACUACCCAAGGUAGCCCGCUGGUCGAGUCUGCAGAGCUCCCGCACCCGCCCAUCGAGUCCGAUACCACACCCGCCAUUAUCGAUGAUGUCUCUUCGCCAGCCCCUCCGCCUAUUGUCGAAGUAGUGGAGCUCCCAGUACCUGAAGUUGCCGAGUCAAUAGCAGUAGCACCCCAGCCCAUCAACGUCGAACCAGUCUCUUCACAUGAGGAAGACGAAGCCACGACUGUUGAGCCAGUGCUCGAUGCGGAACCUUCAUCUGUCCUGGGCUCUUCUACGGAUGAACCCGAGGCAGUUCAACGUACUGUCUCUCCUUCUCUUCAUGUCACCCUCGCAGAUUUCUCAGAAACAUCGGUGGAUGCUGAGCAGGCGCCUUCUGUUCCAGAGAUCCUAUCUACGCCACUUUCUCGUAGCAAAUCUACAGACAGCUUAACACCUGAUGACAUUCCGGAGAGGCCCAAGUCUCCUUGGACGCCUUCGUACUCAGUUACUUCACAAGGCAGUCCAAAUCUAGCUCCUCAAGUCCUGACGGAGGAACCACCAACCAUUGCAGUUGAAACAUCCACUGAUGCUGAGAGUUUACCAACGGUUGAAGACACUGCACAACCCUCAGUAGAUCCUUUACCAGUCGAGGCUAUCGUCGCGCCAGUACCUGAGCGCCCCAAGUCACCCUGGACGCCAUCGUAUUCAGUCACUCGACAAGGUUCUACACCACCCUCACCUCAACCCGCUCCAACAGAGCUCGUGGUGAAUGCGGAUAUCGAUGCCCAGUCUGACAUUGCUGCCGCAAGUUUAGCUACAGAAGGACCAUCAAGCCCGCGAUCAACCUUGGUGGAUUUGGAUUCGGACACAUUCUCGGACGUUUCCGAUCAGCGUAUCCCAGAUAGCGAAGAAACCCAACCCGCAGUCGUGCAGACCGACGUUGACAAUCUUCAAGACGUCGAAGCAUCUAGCCAAACACCUGUGCUGUCAAGUGCGCAACUAGCGGAAGAGACGGUAACUACACCUACGGAAGAAGUGCUCGAGCCCUCAGUGACGAUCACUGUUGAUGAACCUGUUGUUGAGUCAAACCCACAAACACCUCGGAACGAGCCGUCAGAAGAGCCGCAAGCUUUCCCUGCAAGUACCAAGCCUAGUGUGUCAAGGCUGGAUACCUCUGGCGAAUCGCAUGAGUUGGAUACAUCAUCAACUUUAGAGACGCCCGCCCAGUCUCGAAAGCGGUUGGAAUCUACUGCCUCUUCUCGGUUCUUCCCCGGUGGAUGGUUCUCAACAUCUCCAACAAUUGGAGGCAGAACUUCACUGGAGAACGCUCAAGGCGAAUUCUCCGCUCUGAAAUCGCCGAUCGAUAUGGCAGGUACCACCGCUCCUGCCACUACACCAGUUGAUGGCCUCGCCGAGGACGAAGAGAGGAAAUCUCGUUGGUGUACAAUCAUGUAA